CUUGCUUAUAUUCCCAGUGUCGCGCCGCGUUAUUUUUAUUUUUUAUACGCCUAAUUAAUUAGAUACUAGAUAAGGAUAUACUAACUAACCCAAUGUCCCUCUGUAUUUCCCAUGUACCUAACAAUAUUAGGUACUCAAAUAAUUUUGUAACUCCAGUUUAGAGACAGUUCCACGUGAUAGCGUUAUUCGUUUGCAAGUCACUGUCAUAGGCCUACCUAAGUGUAAUCGUUCACUUUGCCAAGGAAGACGGCUGUGCUAGUGCUCCGAUCUAUCUAUGUCCAUUCACACCAUUACAAUAGAGCCGCAAUCCUCGUAACUCAUCCUGUAAGAUGGCUGACGCAGCCAAGGCUGAAGACUUGAUGUCUUCAUCAGAACGCAACGGCAUCAAAAUGCUCAUUUCAGUUAACCGCGUAAUUUAUUAUUUCGGUAAACUGAGCUCGAUGGUGAUGCAGUUCGUGGUCAACAAAGAAUGUUCUGACAAAGAAAGCGAAGAGACGUACAAACAGUACAUGGAACGCAAGCAAGGACGUCCUUUCGGUGAUGAAGAAUGGAUCAACUUAUUUCCGAAGCCGAACUAUGUAGACUUUCUAGAAACGGAGCAGAAUGCAGAAGAUUUAGACUCCACAGAUCUUUUCGUUCUGCUGGAGCAUAUUUUUCGAAAUGAUGCCAGGAGGAAUGACUCCGAACUUUUCAACAAGUUGCAAGUCGUCGAGAACAUGCGACAUGAAAUCAUGUACUAUUGGGCGCCUUCUACGAUCCACCAGAAAUUGGAUGAGCUGUCAACCGCGUUGCUAGAGCUGGUACGAGAAGCUGGCAGAUUUUAUAGUCUCCCAUUGACCGAGGUUGAAAUGAAGGAAAAUGAGCUCAAAGAUGGGAUUGAGGAAAUCAUUGGUCCUUUUGGCAAAGAGAGCCUGUCAUUUAAUGAUACCUAUUCUAUUGAGAGCCAUGUCAAGCCCUUCACUUCAUUUGUUGAACAACUCGAAUUUCUGAGUAAGAAAGGAAAUAGUGUGAGAGGAGCCUUCUCAUUGCUGAAUCAAGAGGUUACAAGUGUUUUCGUUGAUUCCACAACCAUGAUGCUUUUCUGCGAAAUCAUGAAUGACUCUCCUGAGGCCAUCUCCUCAUGGGACACACCCGGGGAAGUGGCGCUUAACAUUCUCGAAAUGUUCAGGAAACGCAUCAUAUCAUCUCGUCAGGAUUACUCCGGAGAUAAAAAAUUCGUUAAAAAAUUCGUUGAUGAUCUAUUUGAAUUUAUCGGUACUGCCGCCUUAAAAUCACUCCGCGACAGUGUCCUCACUUUCUCCGAAAGCAGAGGAGUUCUGCAUAUUAAAGAAGAUUGGCACCUUGAAGACCUCCUUGCUGGGUUGAUAAAACUGAAGAUACCCCUAUCUAAGGAAAACCAUUUCAGUGUUACUUUCCAUAACAAGACAUUGCAGGAGAUGAUCGCUGCCGACUACGUCUUCCAUCGCAUCCUAACCUCUGUUGACCCUCUCAGCGUUAUCCUAGGAGCCACGCCACAAGUAUUAACUCGGGUUGACGACCGCGAUCCGUGUUCCUCCAAUAUGCUGGAGGCGACUGAGCCGUCCAAGGAACUCCUGCAGUCGCCACCUAACUUGAAACCUUUUAGGAUGGUGCUGCUGUACGUGGAGCAGAUGCUGAUGAGACACAGCUCCUUCCACCUCGAUCGUACAUGGGAUGAGCUGGAGGAGGCGCUGAAACUAGCUGGCGCCAUUUAGGCUGAUUCAGCCAACCUUAGCGUUUUCUGCAUAACCUGUUCUUUUAUCAUGUGCUCACUUCAAAAUAAAGUUGUUCAUCAAUAGCUAAUAAUCGUUGUA